AUGGCGAAAGGCAUGCCUGCUAUCGGUUGGGCGGCGAGGGACACGUCCGGUGUCCUCUCCCCCUACAGCUUCUCACGAAGGUCGUCUUCCUCUAUCCAGUAUUCCAGUCAAGUCCCUAUAAUGCACCUCUGCUUCUUGCGCCGAUCUGACGAAUCCCCCUACGUGAUGCAUGAUAGCAGGGCUCUGAAGGACGACGAUGUCACGAUCAAAGUGCUCUUCUGCGGGAUCUGCCACACCGACCUCCACAUCGCCAAGAACGAGUGGGGCAACGCCCUCUACCCCGUCGUCCCCGGGCAUGAGAUUGUUGGCGUCGUCACCGAGGUUGGCCCCGGCGUCAAGAACUUCAAGGCCGGGGACGCGGUGGGCGUGGGCUACUUCGUCGACUCCUGCCGCUCCUGCGUGAGCUGCGGCAGCGGGCACGAGAACCACUGCCCCACGCUCGUGCUCACCUCCAACGCCGUGGACUACGACGGCGCCACCACCCAGGGCGGCUUCUCCAACGUCCUCGUCGUCGACCAGGGCUACGUCGUCCGCGUCCCGGAGGGCCUUCCCCUGGACGGGGCGGCGCCGCUGCUCUGCGCCGGCGUCACGGUGUACAGCCCCAUGAUGGAGUUCGGCCUCAACGCGCCGGGGAAGCACCUGGGCGUGGUCGGCCUCGGGGGCCUCGGCCACAUGGCCGUCAAGUUCGGCAAGGCGUUCGGGAUGACCGUCACCGUGAUCAGCUCGUCGCCGAGGAAGCGGGAGGAGGCCGUCGAGCGGCUCGGCGCCGACGCGUUCUUGGUCAGCCAGGACCCCGAGCAAAUGAAGGCGGCGGCCGGCACGAUGGACGGCAUCAUCGACACGGUGUCGGCGGGGCACCCGAUCGUGCCGCUUCUGGAGCUGCUAAAGCCGAGGGGGCAGCUGGUGGUGGUGGGCGCGCCCAGCACGCCGCUGGAGCUUCCUGCCUACGCCAUCAUCGGUGGCGGCAAGCGCGUGGCCGGGAACCUCGUGGGCAGCAUCGGCAGCUGCCAGGCGAUGCUGGACUUCGCGGGGAAGCACGGCAUCACCGCCGACGUCGAGGUCGUCAAGAUGGACUACGUUAAUACGGCGGUCGAGCGGCUGGAGAGGAACGACGUGAGAUACCGCUUCGUCAUCGACGUCGCCGGCAGCCAGCUGGGCGCCGCCGCUUAG